AUGGGCAGCGGCAGCAGCCGGCGGCGGGGAGCGGCGGGGCGAGCGGUGCCCGCGGGCGGGGCGGCGGCGGCGGCGGCGGCGGCGGCGGCGGCGGGGGAGAAGCGGCAGCUGCUGGAGACGGUGCCGGGCGAGUGCGGGGAGGCGGCGGCGCUGCCCGCCCCCUGCCGCCCAGCCCCGGCCGCCGGCGGCAUCAUCCCCCCGCCCCGGGACGGCGGGGAGGCGGCGGGGGACGGCGGGGGGACCCCGCCCCGGCAGGCGGCUCUGUCAGCCAGAAGCCCACCAGGCCUAGAGGACACUGCCAACCAUCAGUGCCCACAAGGGAACAGCAAGGAGCCAUCGGGGCAGUCCACGAUAUCGUACGAUUACGCGGAGGAGGAGCUCAUGGCAAGCAUCGAGCGCGAGUACUGCCGCUGAACCCAACCCCACGCCACGAGACCUUCAAGUACAUUCCUGGAAGCCUAGCUGAAGUAAAACUGCUGCUGACAAAACAAUCCUUCAUCCAGCGAGAUGGCACAGGGGAGGUGGGUGAUGGAGGUGGAACAUGAGAUGCAGCGUGGCUGUUUGGGAAGCACGGAGGAGAAAGUCCUCCUGGCCAGUUCUAAGUGACAGCAUUAAGAUCCUCACCAACUGCUGAUUUCUGAUGGGUGCCACUGGGAGAGGGAUCAAGCCAUCUUGCAAAUCAAUAUUUAGAAGCUCAUCUCUAAAUGGUAUUUAUAAGUGAAGACAUACUAGAAUUGAAGUGUCAUAGUAGAAUAGAAGUGCCAUACCAGAAUAGAAGUGCUGAGAUGUGGUGCUUUGAAGGAAGAUCUUGUUUUUGUCCUAGCAGGGGAAAAAAUGCAGCAAAAUAAUUUGAUUCAGAUCUCACUUCAGGGUGUGUUGCAUGAAAUUCAUGUCCCUGCCACUUAAAACAGGCCAAACUGUGCAAGCCUCCAGUCCAGGUCUGAAUUUGGCACUGUCUCUUUGAACAUGGUCCUCUCCCCUCCAUGGGAUUAAUUUGGAAAGAGGAGUGAGCCCACCAUCCAGUAGGAACGCAGCAUCAUCCCAGAGCUGAAAUCCCAUCACUUAGGAAAAGGAGGCUCCUGGAAGUCAUCAGGGAACACAGGAUUUGUAUAACCCCUUUGGGGCAGGAUCCCAGCAUUUGUGCCUGGGAAUUCUUGGCAUAGAUCCUCCAGGAAAAGUAGGAGGUGCAUCACUGGUGCUGCCUCACCACAGCCAGCAAUCAUCCAUCUUGAGAGAGAUUUGCACACUGUUGUAGAGCAGCUGCUUGUGAUCAAUUUUCAGAAUUAUCAGUGCUGGCCUUCCCAUUUAUUUCUUGUAGGUAACCUAAAAGCAAGAUCACUACCUUUUACCAUUAGCUGACUGCAAGUAAAACAGAAAGUCAGCUCUCCAAAGAUAACGGUGUACUUUCAGUGCUCCCUGACAGGAAAGCCUGGUAUUUUAGGGUUUCUGCCUUCAUUUUACCUGCUUCUUAAUGUGUUAUGAAUAGCUGCUUACUAUCAGAAGUAGAAAAUUACCCUAUUUCUUUAUUCAGCUGAAGCAUAAAAGAAAUCAGAUGAAAUCUUCACAGGGACUGUAAAUGCAAGAGGGAACAGCAGGACACAUAUUAAGAUGCUGUAUUUUAACUUCUUUGUAAUUCCUGGUGUAUGUGAAACACAAAUAAAUGCAUCUGUAAUCAUGUA